AUUUGACUGCAUUCUCCCUCCCUAAUACUCGCGCUGAAACGGUUACACCCGAUUCUGUCCGCUUCUCAUUCUUCAAAUUUUGCUUCGAUUCGGGAAGAUUGAACGCAAUUCCAAUCUCCGGUACUGAAGAGGAGGAGAAAGGGGAAGAAAAGAAAGCAGGAGAUCGAAGGGUUUUUUUUUAAAAUUUUUUUGGGAGAAAGGAGAUUGCUUUCUCUCUUUUAUUGGAGACUUCUUCCACGAAGCGAUAAGUCUGACUGAUAGGCAGCAAGUGGUGAUGUUUCAAGCUGGAUUUUGCUCAAAAUCGACUUUUGUUGCUGGAAGACAUUGUAUAUGAGGGCGAUUUGUAAGGGGAGGAACUGGGAUUGAGAGCAUAUAUGGAUUUAUUAUGUUUUUGCAAGGGUUUUUGCUCUCAGUCUGCAUGCCCGUCUUCCUCUGAAAAUGGUAAUGGAAAAUGCUCACAAGGACGUGUAAGAGUUUCUUAUGGUUUUAGCCUUGUGAAAGGGAAGGCUAAUCAUCCUAUGGAAGAUUAUCAUGUUGCCAAAUUUGUACAAAUUAAGGGGCAUGAGCUUGGUCUGUUUGCCAUCUUUGAUGGCCACUUGGGAGAUAAAGUGCCUCUAUACUUGCAGAAGCACUUGUUUAAUAAUAUUCUAAAAGAGGAAGCAUUUUGGAUCCAUCCAGAUAAAGCUAUCAUGAAAGCCUAUGAGAAGACUGACAAAGUGAUCCUUUCGCACAGUCCUGAAUUGGGGAAGGGUGGAUCUACAGCAGUUACGGCUAUUCUCGUUGAUGGUAGGAAGCUCUGGAUUGCAAAUGUUGGUGAUUCACGAGGAAUUUUGGCAACAAGUAGGGAGUUCAUUCAAGUAACAGUUGAUCAUGAACCGGACAUGGAGAGGGGCAAUAUUGAGACAAGAGGUGGAUUUGUUUCAAAUAUACCAGGUGAUGUCCCAAGAGUUAACGGUCAGUUAGCUGUUUCCCGCGCAUUUGGGGACAAGAGCCUCAAAUCGCACUUGAGCUCAGAUCCAGACAUUCGUCCAGUGGACAUUACCACUGAUACUGAACUGCUCAUUCUUGCAAGUGAUGGUAUAUGGAAGGUAAUAGACAAUGCAGCAGCAGUUGAUAUUGCCAGGAAGUUCAAGGAUCCACUUGUGGCAGCAAAGCAGCUAACUAUUGAAGCCUUGGAAAGAGAGAGCAAGGAUGACAUUUCUUGCAUAGUUGUAAGAUUCAAUACUUAGUUUCCACAGAAUGGUUUAUUUCUACCAUGAAGCUUCCAUAUUACUGUACAAAGUUGGAUUUCAUGA